AUGGCAGAACAGGGACUUGAGACCUAUCAUGGCAAUUGUCACUGCGGCGCUUUCAAGUUCUCCGUCCGGCUCCCCGAGCUGAAACAGGUCUUGGCGUGCAAUUGUAGCAUUUGUUCAAAGAAAGGCUACCUCUGGGCCUUGCCCUCGUCCAAUGAUCUGUUCGUAGUGGAAAAGGGUGACGGUACAUUGAAGGACUAUCAGUUUGGAAAGAAGACCAUGUCCCACAAGUUCUGUCCGAAUUGUGGAACGCCAGUGAUGGGCCAGAGACACGUCGAAGGUCCAUCCAUUGCUGUCAAUGUCCGCACAUUCCGAGACUUUGAUGAAGAAAAACUGGAAAUCAAGCCGUACGACGGUGCCGGUCUCGAGCCACACUAUACACCUCCGAACGGUCCGGAGGAAUCGGAUCUCAACGGAUCCACCAAGUGCUACCGAGGGAGUUGCCACUGCGGCAAGGUCUCGUACGAUCUCCGGAGCGAAGCGCUCGAGGACAUCGGAGUGCUGUCGUGCAACUGCAGCAUUUGCUCCCGGAACGCCGACCUCUGGGUCUACCCCUCCGAAAAAGACGUCGAGCUCCGGGGCGGAGACCAUCUCACCGUCUACCGAUUCGGGCGUAAAGUGGGCGGGCACGCUUUCUGUUCGACAUGUGGUGUCCCGAUCAUGAACCAGUUCGAGCAUCCCGGAGGGAAAGAGUUGGAGUCUAUGGUGGGGAAACUGCCGGUCAACGCGCGCGUCAUCGACGGGAUCGAUUUGAAGGCGCUCAAGGUCACGAAAGGGGAUGGGAAGAACAUGAUGGGACCUAAGUACGAAGUGUAA